AUGGAGUCAAAUCAUGUCGAGGAGUUCUUGAUCUGGCUCCUCAGCUCAAACGACCCUCAUUUCAAAACAUCAUCCUCCGACGUCGCAGGCAUCGCCGACUGUCUCAUCCUCAUGGGAGUCGAUGUUUUACGGGUCGUUGAGGUUGACUCUGAGUCAGAAACUGACCAUGAGCAGGAAGUCUGCACAAUUUUUUAUUCAAGUCAGCCAUUUCUACAUGGUUCAACAUCCAAGAGAAGUAAGCAACUCAUGUCCAGAGAUGUCUCAAUGACAGUUCCGCUCCAACGACCCUGGGAGGCCGUUAGCAUCUUUCCGAUUAGCGAAGACGCCAAGAAUGAGAGCAGACUGGCUUGGAGAGAGGGGAAAAAGGUGGCCGCGGUGGUGCGAAUAGGUGUUCGCGGGGCAGAAAUUUCCUCCUCUGACCGGUACGCAAGGCACGUUCGCCAAACUCUCUUCAGGAGUGCGGCCCCUCAGCCUUUGCGUAAUAUCGUAUAUGCAAUGGUUAAUCGGGGAAGGGGCACUGAGAGGGCCAAUGAAGAGAUUUACGACUUGGCGAGAACAUGUGGCUUCUUCGUCAACGGAGAGCUCUUGGACGGUUUGACAGAUACUCUCCAUUCCGCGCCCCCUGAUAUUCUCGAAUGGCUCAUCAGAGUCUGCGAUCCCGACGCCGAGGCCAGGGAGCCAUCCCCACCGGGCUUCAAUAUCAAUGACAUUUCGAUGGAAGACCAAAAUAAAGUGGAAUGGUUCUGUGUUUUCCAGUCUUUCUUCAUGGGAUACUACUACGAAAUUUUUGGGAGACUGAUUGACACUUCUUCCCUCGCAUCACAGACAGUGGAAGGUUCUUGGGGCUUUCGAUCUGCUAGUUACUUUCAUUACAUGCGAUUCUGCUCCUUGAUGAAGAAUCCUCCCGAAAACUCGCGCAAGGUGAAAGCUUUUGGAAGAUCGAGCCUCUUUCCAAUUCUUUCUACGCUGUUUCUCGGUGGCCAUGCAAUGAAUCCCGAGCCCCAGAAGGCCGAGGCUCGUUUGAUCGGGAUUGAAUGCCUAGGGAUGAUUGGCAAACGAUCUCUGUUUGUCAAUAGCCUUUGGGGGAAAUUCGUCUCUCCACAACAGGUCGGGGGCUUUACACUCCUGGACGUCGAUGUCGGAGGCGUGCCAAGGGACGUCCACCGGCUUGUGAAGCCGGGGGCUCCGACGGAAAUCCCAGAUUAUGACUGCCUUGAACAAGAUCCAACACACUUUAUCUCAGAUGAUAUACAGGAAGAGUCACCAGAUGGCGACUUCACCAUGAAUAUCGAAGCAGACUUGGCUGAGGACCCAGAUACUGCUCUGCUGUGUCAGAUAUAA